CCCUUUGGUCCCUGGACAUAUUCAGUGUGGUUUCGUCAUACAAUAUUUCUCGUUCAACAAUGAAUUUUAUCCCACGUAGUUUACCUGCUUACCUACCAUCCUAGCAUCCGCGUGCGCUGAUGAAUUACCUUAUUUGUCAAACCCUCAUGCGAAUCAACUUAUCCAUUUAGAUUGAUCCAUGUGUAUGUGUAAAGCCCAUGGUUUGUCGUUCCGCAUGUCGGUCGCUCGUUGAUUCCCAUGUGUCUACUUAAAAGAAGGGGAAUAAGCGUGGGAGCGAGAAAUAUUCUACCAUUGAAGAUUGACCAUGCAAUCUCAAGACUUCCAAGACCCUGCUGGUGUCGGUUACUUGGUGAGUCCGUUGGAACUGGAGAAACCAAGCAUCGAAAACACUGUAGAUAUACAGCCACCAGCCCCUUAUCAACUUCUUACGCCGGCAGCCAGUUUAGCUGGGGAAUAUUCUAACGAAUAUAAUGAAUCCGACUCCUCUGGUAUGGGUGAGCUCCCCAAUUUCUCCCGCUGUUUCCCGCCAUCUCUUACUACGUAGAGCCGCGACUCAGAGCUUAGAAAGGGGUGGUAUUUACUAAAUGCAGCUCGAGAGUCCUGUCCGGGUUAAAAGUUCCAGCCUGUUGACUAUUGCAGUCUACAACUCUCAAGGUCAGAGAUCACUAGACCCCGUCCCCGUUCACCUUACCAACAGUGACACUUCCCGUUCCCAGACCAAGAGCAGGAAAGAAAGGAACCGGAAGGCGGCACACAAGUGCCGGCAGAAGUCCAAGGCGAACGUCGAGGAGCUCAAGAAGAGAGAAGAGGAGCUGUCGCGGAGAAAUCAAGAUCUGAAAGACGCUGUCUACGGUCUCCGGAAUGAAGUCCUGUGCCUGAAGAACGAGGUUCUCAAUCACGGUACCUUUUGCGAUAAUGAACCAAUUCGGCAUUAUCUCGCUCGAGAAGCCAACGACUUAAUUGAUAGGAAUCCCAACUAAUUUACUUUUCUUCUUACUGAGCGUUCUAGUUAUAACUUAUUUCCCCUUCAAAAUUUCCGGCGAUAUCUUCUUGGUGUCAAGAAAGACAUAAUGGGUCUUUCAGGUUGUCGCAUGUUGGUUUAGGGACUCGGAUAGUUAGGAUUGAAGAAUGGACCUUCUAUAAUCAUAGAUAAUUUAAUCGUAUUGCUUACUACCCCGCC